CAUCUAUCUAACUAACGCAGAAAGCUUCAGACGCCUGCCCACGCAGCAUUUUGGCUUCGCUGCUCCGGUCGCUUCUCAGCCGCCAUGGCGCCCACCGAGCUGCCCAAGCUGGGCCCCGAGUCGCCGGCACGCAAUGUGCAGCAGCUGAAGAAGGGGAUGAAUGUCAUCGCAGCGUUGCUGCGGAACAAGGCGCAGGCGUCGCCGGCGCGGGCUUCGGCGGCUUCGGCCGCCGCGCCGCUGGAAACGCCGGAGAAGCCGAAGGCACCAAAGAGGAGGGCGGAGAAACUGAGCCCAGAGCCCAAAAAGUCCCCAAAGAAGCCUGGCAAGGGCAAAGGCGAGACCAAGGAAGGCAAAGAAGCCACGGCGCGAAACAAGUCGAGUCCAAAGGCGCCCCGAACGCCCAGACCGGAAAAACCGGCCAAGGUGGCCAAGGCCAAAGCGGCCAAAGCGGCCAAAGCGAAGGUGCAGCCAGUGCCCAGCAAGAUCACCAAGAAAGCGAAGGCCCCUGAGGUGCGGAUUGUGGGGAAAGGAGGAACCAAGGGGAAAGCCCGUGUCUUCGCCCAACUGCAGCAAAACCUGAAGGGCAUUUCGAAGCCGGAUUUGAGGCGUUUAGCCCGACGUGCGGGUGUUCAGCGGAUGUCUGCAGCCAUUAUGGACGAGAUGAGGGAGGCGCCUCAAAUCUUUCUCAAGAAGACGCUGUCGGAUGUGGUGGUCUAUGUGGAGCACGCCAAGCGCAAAACCGCCAUGCCUUAUGACGUGGUGCUGAGCUUGCGCCGCAUGGGGCGAUCCAUGUAUGGCUACUGAGCGGCUACGAUGUCCACGAAGUGACCAUCCACACA